AAACAUAAAGAAAGUUCUUUCCGUCACAACUUCGUCGCGUCCACGUCGUGCCCGAUCGCACUGUUCCGAGUUAUUGAAGGAAAUCUGCUCAAAAAUGGCAUUCGGAGAUGUUAAAACCGCCAACGGACUGAAGGAAUUGGAUAAAUUCCUUGCUGACCACAGUUACGUCGAAGGAUACACCCCGUCAAAGGCUGAUCUUUCGGUGUUCGAUGCCUUGGGCAAGGCUCCUGCCACUACCUACGUGCAUGCGCUGCGCUGGUACAACAACAUCGCAUCGUACAACGCCAAGGAGCGCUCGGAAUGGGGCGGUCAAGCACUGCCGCAAGUUGCCGGUGGUAAGCCGACAGCUGCAGCGGCGCCGGCCGGUGGUGACGACGACGAUGAUGUGGACCUGUUCGGUUCGGAAGACGAGGAGGAGAGUGCCGAGGCGGCCAAGCUGAAGGAGGAACGUCUAGCCGCGUACAACGCAAAGAAGUCGAAGAAACCUGCCCUAAUCGCCAAGAGUUCCAUCCUGCUGGAUGUGAAACCAUGGGACGAUGAAACCGACAUGAAGGAAAUGGAGAAGAACGUCCGCAAAAUCGAGAUGGACGGACUUUUGUGGGGCGCAGCUAAGCUCACACCGGUCGGAUACGGCAUCCAUAAACUGCAGAUUUGCUGCGUUAUCGAGGAUGACAAAGUUUCCGUCGAUUUGUUGACUGAGACGAUUCAGGAGUUAGAAGAUUACGUACAGUCGGUUGACAUUGCUGCAUUCAACAAGAUCUGAAUGUGUGAAUGCAUUGUUUGGUGUGCGAUUGUUUCUUAAGUUUCGUCCGGCUGGUGUUGUAAUGGCGAUAACGGUCAAAUAAAUGUGAACCCUUUUUGAA